AUGGACCCAGCGGCUAUUCGGAAAUUAUUUGGCCUGGCUGGUGAUGAUUGUUGCGUAAUGCUUUUCCAAGUCGGAUCUUCGGGACCCUCCCCUGGAGUAAAAAGUAGGUACCGAAAUCUGGUGCAAUGUUUCACCCCUGCGCACCCCGCGGAGCCCUGGACCCGCGACCGCAGCACUCACUGCGGGGACCCGAUCAUAUCGGGGAGCCGGGAAGUUGAUAGGUUGGGGCCAAGUCGGAUCAACGGUAAUAAGCAAAUAGGACAGGAAAAGAAAAGAAGAAAGGGUCCUCCAUACUUUGCCGAGGUACGUAUGUAUGUAGGUAUGUCGAGUGUAGGCAGGGCAGGUUAUUGGGAAUUGGAAUCAUCGGUUUUGACGCUGUCCAUCUGA